AUGAAGGAGAUCAAAGGAGCUACUCCAUCUCACAGAAAGAAGGACGAACAAAAUCAAGUAAAAGAACUUGCCUAUGCUCUAGAACAUAGUGGGUAUCGAUUCUUGUGGUCUUUACGCCACCCACCACCUUCGGCCGCCGAAGCAUCGUUAAGCGACUACGAGAAUCCACAACAAGUCUUGCCCGAAGGCUUCUUGGAUCGAACGGCUAGGAUUGGAAAGGUGAUAGGAUGGGCUCCACAAGUGGCUGUCUUGGCUCAUCCAGCGGUGGGAGGCUUUGUGUCACACUGUGGGUGGAAUUCUCUACUGGAGAGCAUAUGGUUUGGCGUUGCAGUAGCCGCAUGGCCAAUAUAUGCAGAGCAACAGUUCAACGCCUUUGAAAUGGUGAUUGAGUUGGGAUUAUCAGUAGAAAUUAAAAUGGAUUAUAGAAAUGACAGUGGAGAAAUUGUGAAAUGUGAUGAAAUUGAGAGAGGAAUAAAGUGUUUGAUGGAGGAUGAUAGUGAGAAAAAGAAGAAGGUAAAGCAGAUGAGUGAGAAGAGCAGAAUGGCUUUAAGGAAUGGUGGGUCUUCAUACUUAUCAUUAGGAAAUUUUCUGAAAGAUGUGGUGGAUAAUUUAAAUAAAAUGUAA